AUGGCACAGACCUGCAACGCGACCUGCUCCUCGGCCUGCACCGACCCCACGGCCACCUCGUGUCGCAGCGCCGCCCCGGCAACCACGGACGCGGGCGACGUGCCCCGCGGGCCCAUCGCGCUCCCCUCCCAUCCCUACUUCCUCGUGCCCGGGCGCGCGGCCGCGCCACUCCUGUACUCGGACACCCCGAUCAGUUUCUGGGGCGGCAUCAACUCGCACACGGGGCAGGUGAUCGACGUGACCCACCCGCUCCGGGGCAAGAGGCUAGAGGGCAGCGUGCUCGCCAUCCCGCGCGGGCGCGGCUCCUGCUCUGGCUCCCUCGUCCUCCUCGAGCUAGUGAUCAAGGGCGUCGCACCCGCCGCGCUGCUGCUCGAAGAGCCCGACCAGAUCCUCGCGCUGGGCGCGAUUGUCGCCGAGGCCAUCUUCGGGCUGCGCGUGCCCGUAGCCGUUCUGGGGGAACGCUUCGCGACGCUCCCGCGCACGGGCGACGUCGAGAUCGACGACAACCGCCUCGUCAUCAAGUCUGGCGGCGGAGGCUCCAGCCCCCGACGCAUAGUCAUCCCGCUUGGCCAGCCGACGGACGGCGUCAAGCUCUCCCCUGCCGACGAGGCGAUGCUCGCCGGCUCGCAUGGCGAGGGCGUCGCGCAGGCCAUGGCGAUCAACAAGGCCAUCGCGGCGCUGUACGGCGCCGAGUCGUUCAUCGACAUCACGCAGGUGCACCUCGACGGCGUGUUCUACACUGGGCCAGCGGCGCUGCUGUUCGUGCAACACUUUGAGAAGAUUGGCGCGCGCGUCGCGGUCCCGACGACGCUCAACGCCGUCAGCGUCGACCUGCGCCACUGGCGCGCGCUGGGCAUCGACACGACCUUAGGCGAGGAGGGCACGAAACUCGCCGACGCGUACAUCUCCAUGGGCGGCGACGCAGCCAGCAUGACGUGCGCGCCGUACCUCCUACCUUCUGCCCCUGGCGUCGGCGAGCAAGUCGCGUGGGGCGAGUCGAACGCGGUCCUCUUCUGCAACAGCAUCCUUGGCGCCCGCACCCAGAAGUACCCCGACCUCCUGGACCUGUGUAUCGCGCUGACAGGGCGCGCGCCCCUCGCUGGCGCGCACAUCGAGGCGAACCGCGCGCCGACGCUCGCGCUCCGCGUCACCCCCGCUGUUAGGGACGUCGACGACCAGCUCCUCUGGCCGCUGGUAGGCUACCACCUCGGCAAGUCGGCCGGCACGCGCGUGCCGAUCGUGUACGGCCUCGACGGGCGGAGCCCGCGCACGUCGGACCUCAAGGCGUUUGCCGCGGCGUUCGGCACGACGUCGUCCUCGCCCAUGUUCCACAUCGAGGGCGUGACGCCUGAAGCGCCUGUGGGCCGGUUCCCCCCGCCGAGCGACACGCGCGAGAUCACCGUCGAUGACCUGCGCGACGCGUGGCGCACGCUCAACACCGGCGCUGACGGCCCUACGCCCAUCAGCGUCGUCGCGCUCGGCAACCCCCACUUUGCGCUCGACGAGUUCGAGCAGCUCGCCGAGCUGGUGAAGGGCCGCAAGGGCACAGCACGCGUUACUAUCACUGCUGGCCGCGCGAUCGUCGAGCAGGCAAAGGACGCAGGGUAUCUCGCGCCGCUGGACGACUUUGGCGUCGAGAUCGUCUACGACAUGUGCUGGUGCAUGGCGCCGCAUGCUGGCGAGUCGCGCAUGGUCACGGCCGAGGACAAGUUCCUCGUCACCAGCUCGGGCAAGUACGCGCACUACGGCCCAGGUAUCCUCGGCCGGCCGGUGCUGCUUGCCAACCUCGCGGCGUGUGUCGACGCGGCCGUUUCGGGCACGAUCGACGUCCGCCCGCCGGCGUGGCUUGGCGGGGCCGAGGUCGAGGUCGCGCAGUAA